AUGUUUUCCCAGCCCGGAUACCUCGAUCGGGCGCGCCUGAUCACAAAACACUACGGACCGCUAUGGACCGCCAUACUAUACGGCGUGCCCCUGACCAACCUCGCCGUCCACCUCGCCUGGCUCCUCGCCCUCCACCCGGCCCUCGCCUCGCUGCCCCUCCCCUUCGACCGCAGACGCCUCCGCGACUUCUUGCACCGCAACUUCAUGCUGAGGCCCGGCGCCGCCCUCGAGCCCCUCACCCUCCUCACCUCGGCCUUCAGCCACAUCCAGCCCCUCCACCUCUUCGUCAACAUGUCCACGUACAACACCUACGCCAGGAACCUCUACGUCAUGGGCACCUCGCCGCUGCGCUUCGUCCUCCUCGCGCUCGGGAGCGGGCUCGCGGCCAGCGCGGCAUUCGUCCUCAACGCGCGGCGGCGGCGAAGGGCUGGCAAGUCGGACGCGGCGAACACGGCCGUCGGGGCGAGCGGGAUCCUCACGGGCUUCGGGACCGCGCUGGCCGUCAUGUAUCCCACCAUGAGGGUCCGUCUGUCGGGGACGCGGGUCAUGCUCUCGCUGCGCGAGGUGCUCGUGGCCAUGUUCGCCGUGGACGUUUUGUGUCUUGGCACCGAGACCGAGACCGGCGUGGGGCAUUCUGGGCACGUGGGAGGUGCGCUGUUUGGGCUGGUGUAUGCCUUGGGGAGGAAGUAUUUGCGUUAUCGAAACUUGUAG